AUGUUCGCCCACCUUGACCGCGGCGACACACUCGUAGAUCACCAUUCGAUUUUCUUGAGUGCGCAGCCCAAGGCCGCACAUGUCCACCAUUGUUCCUUCGAGGUACACGACUUCGACACUCAGCACCUAGGCCACCAGUGGCUGGCACAGAAGGGGUACAAAUCCGCCUGGGGCGUGGGAAGACAUGUACUCGGCUCGCAGAUUUUUGAUUACUGGUGGGACACGACGGGCAACAUGGUGGAGCACUAUGCCGAUGGCGAUCUGGUGAAUGAGGAGUCGCCGAUUGGAUAUGUGCAGGCGGGCAGUGAGUCGCUGGCUGUGUGGGGACCGGAGCUGCCGGCGUCGUUUCUCGAGUAA